AUGAGGACUGCUACUUUCGCUACUGCUCUCGGGUUCGCCGUUUCGGCGGCGGUGGCCAUACCCCGUCUGGGAGGUGUCAACACCGCCGGCUACGACUUCAUGGUCUACACCGACGGGUCGUUCGACGGUCCUGGCACUCAGCCCCCGCUAUACCAAUACGGCCACUUCUCUCCUCAGGGGACCAACCUCUACCGUCUCCCCUUUGCCUGGCAGCUCGCGACACCCACCUUGCAUUACUACAACGAAGUUGUACAGACUGCGUUGGCCACGAACGCAUACGUGAUUCUUGAUGUACAUAAUUAUGCCCGUUGGAACGGAGAGAUCAUCAACCAGGGUGGCCCGACUAUUGAACAGUAUGCCAGCUUGUGGUACCAGAUGGCCUCAUUUUACAAGAACGAACCUCGUGUCAUCUAUGGGCUCAUGAACGAACCCCACGACUUGCCCGAUAACUCCCUUUGGCCACCCGCGGUCCAAGGUGCGAUCAACGCUGUCCGCGCUGCCGGCUCUGUAUCCCAGUAUAUCCUCAUGCCAGGAUCGAGUUGGACGUCCGCCGCAGCCAUGCCCACCGAAAUGGGACCAUACUUGUUGAACCUCACUGAUCCCGCAUAUCCCGGCUCUAAGGAACGUCUCCUGUUCGACGUCCACAAGUACCUCGACUACGACAAUUCCGGCACUCACACCAACUACGUGACGAACAACACUGAUAUCCUCCAGACGCUCGUCACCUGGCUCAAGGCAAACGGGAAUAGGCAAGCAAUCCUGUCCGAAACUGGUGGCGGGAGAAACGAUUCCAGCUGCUUCACGAUGCUCGGCGAGGAGCUGGCUUUCAUCAAGAAUAACUACCCAACUAUGGUUGGCUUCUCCGCCUGGGCUGCUGGUGCCUUUGACACCACGUACAUUCUUUCGUUGACCCCGGCCAACUACACCAUCGACGCCCCGCUCUGGGACUACGCUAUUCGUCCCAACUUACCCCCUCCCACUUACUUCUAA